GAAGUGCCCUCGGCGGAAGUGCCCGCCUCGCUGAGCUUGAGUAGGAUGGCCGCACGUCGGUUGCUUCUGCGUCGACUCCGAGCGCCCUUCCGCUCCGUGCCUCAGAACGCGCUCAUGGACGCGCCACGCGCCAGGGGCAUGCACGACGGGGGCGGCCCCCGAAGGCUCUCCAUCGAAGGCAACAUCGCUGUGGGCAAAUCCACCUUUGUGAAGCUACUCACGAAUACUCACCCAGAGUGGCAAGUGGCCACAGAACCUGUAGCAGCAUGGCAGAAAAUCCAAGCUGCUGGCACCCAAAAAGACGACACUUCCAAAGGUCAUGGAAACUUGCUAGAAAUGAUGUACCGAGAGCCAGAGAGAUGGUCCUAUACAUUCCAGACGGUUUCCUUCAUGAGCCGUCUGAAAGUGCAGCUGGAGCCCCUUCCAGGGAGACUCCUACAGGCAGAGAAGUCCGUGCAGAUCUUCGAGAGGUCUGUGUACAGUGACAGGUAUAUCUUUGCAAAGAAUCUUUUUGAAAAUGGUUCCCUCAGUGACGUCGAAUGGCACAUCUAUCAGGACUGGCAUUCUUUUCUCCUUCAGGAGUUUGCAAACCGGCUCUUGUUACAUGGCUUCAUCUAUCUCCAGGCUUCUCCCCAGGUUUGUUUGGAAAGAUUGUACCAGAGGGCCAGAGAGGAAGAGAAAGGCAUUGAGCUGGCCUAUCUUGAACAGCUACAUGGUCAGCAUGAAGACUGGUUUAUUCACAAGACUACCAAGCUCCACUUCGAAGCUCUGCAGCACGUGCCAGUGCUGGUGCUGAACGUCAGUGACGACUUCUCUGAAAACACCGCCAAACAAGAAGAGCUCAUGGGACAGGUAAACACCUUUAUAAGGAACUUGUAAGCAGUAAUUAGACAUCUUGGCCGUGGUCUGGUUCCAACUUUCUGAAGCUAUCAAACGUUGACCUUCCAUCCAUCUUGCUAUGCACAUGCACUUGGUCCUCAAGCAUCCCCACACUCAGUGUGUGCUGUCUUCAGUACUGCUGUUUUUUUUGUUUUUUGUUUUUUUUUAAUCUCAAGCACUUUAAAAAUAAAGCUGACUUAAGGUUGUUUUUCUAA